AUGGAUGAGUUGAUGGAAGAGUUGGCGCUUGCAGGAGUAGAAGAUAUUCCCAAGGACUUGAGCUGUGAUUGGAUUCAUGCUCCCCCCAAGGGCAAUCUGUACUAUGGACAUAAUCAUGUGAAAAUAAUAACUAUGUCGUUCGAUACAAAUCAAGUUAACACUGCUUCAUUGAUACCGACUUGCAAUCAGCACAUGUAUGGUGGCCCGAAGGCGCACGUUCUCCAUUUCCCCGUCGCGAAGCAAAAACUGCUCAAUAUCGUUGCGUUUGUCAAUGAUCCUACAGACUGGCCGCUCGGACAGCCAAUGUCGGAGCCUGCGACAAAGGACGAAGUUGCGGUCGUGUUUUCAGACUGGGGCCCGACAGUGAGGUCGAUCAUCGACCUUUUGACGUCGGAAUUGGACAAAUGGGCCGUGUUCGAUGCGAUGGACCAUCCGGCCCCUUCCUAUUCCCGUGAGAGAAUCUGUAUCGCGGGUGAUGCUGCCCACGCUUCUUCUCCGCACCAUGGUGCAGGUGCAGGGAUCGGGAUUGAAGAUGCCCUCGCUCUAUGUGAACUCUUGGACCGGGUUCAGAAGGACCGCAUAGCUCACGGCCGGAGCGAUCGAUGGGCUCUACUAGAGACAGCCUUCUCCGUCUUCAGUGAUGUGGGUUAUGGGCGAUCUCAUUGGCUUGUUCGUAGUAGUCGCGAAGCAUGCGAUAUUUACGAGUGGAUCGAUCCGGCCUGUGGCCAGGAUAUGACCAAAGGCCAUGAAGAAAUCACCCGCAGGUCGCACAAGAUCUGGUACUUUGAUGUCGAGGGUAUGUUGAAGGAGUUGGAGCAUGGGUACGCACGGUCUCUUGCUAGGUUCUGA